AUGGAUGCCAACGGAGAGGUCACAGAGGCUCCUCACGUCGAGAAAGACACAGCCGAGAGCCACUCUGCAGACAAGGAAGUCGACGAAGUCACCGAACUGUUCAAGGGUCUGUCCAAAAAGAAGAAGACAAAGAAAUCUAAAGAUGCCGACGCCGAAGGUGACGAGGCCGCCCCCGCGGGCGAUGGCGAACUCGACUUGAGCGCCAUGAAGAAAAAGAAGAAGAAGCCCAAGAAGGCCGACGUUGGAGAUUUCGAGGCCAAGCUCGCCGAGGCCGGUGUCACAGAUGAAGGUGCAGAAGGCAAAGAACCCGCUGGCGAACAACUGCCCGAAGGCGACCUCGAGAAGGGAACCGGUGUUUGGGCCCACGAUGCCACACAAGCUAUUCCAUACCAGUUGCUCGUUACUCGAUUCUUCUCCCUCAUUCAGAGCCACCACCCCGAUCUAUUGUCUAGCGGUUCAAAGUCGUACAGGAUUCCUCCUCCUCAGUGUCUGCGUGAAGGAAACCGUCGUACGAUUUUCGCCAACAUUGCCGAUAUUUGCAAGCGAAUGAAGCGUUCGGACGACCACGUCAUGCAGUUCUUGUUCGCUGAAUUGGGUACCAGUGGUAGUGUUGACGGUAGUCGACGAUUGGUUAUCAAAGGUCGUUUCCAACAGAAGCAGAUUGAGAACGUGUUGCGACGAUACAUUGUUGAAUACGUUACCUGCAAAACCUGCCGAAGCCCCGACACCGAGCUCAACAAAGGAGAGAACCGACUGUAUUUCGUCACCUGCAACUCUUGCGGAUCCCGACGAUCCGUCACAGCCAUCAAGACCGGUUUCCGUGGACAAGUCGGUCGUCGUAAGAAGGCAGCCUAA